AUGGCCUAAAGAAUUGGAUCAUAUAGUUUUAUAAAAAGGAAUAUAGAUGGAACUGGUUUAGUGAAGGAAAAUUCCAUAUUAAAAGAUAAAGUCCAUUAGAUCAAAUUUUUAGUAGAAGACAAUUUAGAUAUUUUAAUAAAUGAACUUGACCCAGACUUUAAACAAAAGGCUUAGAUAACAGAUAUGUCAAAUGUCUUUGUAAUCAUUCAAGAAAACAUAGAGAGAUGGAAAAUACUCAUCAACACUCUUAAAAAUAACACAACCAUUUUGGAAUCUCAAUUUGAAAAGUUGAAGGAAAAAGAAGAACAAAUGAAAGUGAAAACAUAAAAUGAUAUCCUUCAUAUGAUUGAAGAGUAAGAACAUAAAAUUAUUCAAAAAGAGAAUGUAAUCGUUACGUUAAAUUAAUAACUUAAAGAUUUAUAGAAUGAGUUAGAAAUUCAUAAGUCUAAGCUAUAAGACUAGGUACUUCAUACAGAAGAAUUAAUGCAGUAACAAUAAUAAUAGUUGAAACAAAGAGUUGCACAAUUAGAUAAUGAGAUAGUUUAAUUAAAAUAAUAAAAUUAGUUUGAAAUAUAAGCUAUUUUGCAUAACCAUGAAAAAGAUAGGAAAUUUUACAAAGAAGAAUUGGAAAAUCAAACCAGUUUGAUGGAAUAAAAAUAUAAAAAAUAUUAUUUGGAAAAUUAAUAAUUCUAGGAAAAGUACCAAAAGCAAAUGUAAUAAAUUAAAUAAAUCAAAUAACAAAGAGAUAAUUUUGAAAAAUAAUUAGAUUAAUAAACUUAAAAAAUUAAAUAAUACAUUGAAGAAUUAGCAAAUGAAAGAAAAAAUAAGGCCAAGGAAAAUAAAUAAUUAUUAGAGUAAUAAGAAAUUAUUAAUCAAUUGUAAAGUAAAAUGGCUAUAGAAGAAAAGAGAUAAUAAAGAUUAAAAGAAUAAAUUUAACAACUUUAAGAUUAAAAUUAAACUCUUUUAUAGAAACACGUUAAUGAGAUUAAUCAAUUCAAUUUUCAAGUUACUUAACUUAAAAAAGAAUUAGAAUAAAAGGAUUUUUUCAUUUCUAAUCAAUAAUUAAAUCAUACUCAAUAAAUCUUAAUUUAAAAAAUUAAAUAUGAGAAUAUUCUUGGAAAUCCUAUAAAGUUAGAAGGAGAACAACAAUAAGAACUUACUUCAGAUUUCUCACAGCAAUACGAUGAUUAAAUAGAGAUAUCAUAUGUGAAAAAUUUAGAGCAGCAAAUCAAAUAAUAAUAAAAUGUAAUUCUAGAAAAAAGUUAAUAGAGUGGUGAUAUUCAGGUUAAAUACCAGAAACUGCAAUAAAGUUUAGCUUAAUAAAUAGAUUAAAAAGUAAAAGAAACAUAAUAUGAAUGUAAAUUGUAAUUAAAUAAGAUGUUAUAGGAAUAUGAAAUUUAGAGAGAGAAAAAUCUAUCAGAACAUAAUUAUAAAAUCAACCUUUUAUAAUAAUAAUUGUCAUUUGAAGUAGACAAAGUUAAGUGUGAAUUAAAGGAACUUUAAAAUAAAAUAGAGAUCUUGAAUAAUUAACUAGUCGAAAAGGAUGAAAUUAUAGUUUAUCUAUCUGAAUAACUCUAAUUAAAUAAAGAGUAGCAAUCUAGAGAUAAAAAACUAGCUGAAACUAACUACAAUGAUCUUCAGAUAGCCUAAUAAUAAUAGUUAGAGUAAAUAGAAAAAAUCAAUACAUAAAAACUGAAUGAUAUUUUAACCUAACUAAACUAAUCAAAAAGUUAAAAUGAGUAAUUAAGCUAGCAGUAUUAAUAAUUGUAAAAGCAUAAUACAGAAUUGAGAAAUGAAUCAAAAGAACAAAGAUAAUCACUUCUAUAAUAUAAAAUAUAAUGCGACAAGUUGCAAAAAGAGUUAUAAAUUUAAUGUGAUAUCUCAAAAAGUCUAAAUGAUAGAAUAAGAUAACAGUAAGUUGAGAUUGAAAAUGCUAAGCAAACCUAUAACAUUUUCACAAAAACAUCAAGAAUUCCGACGACUUUGAGUAGCGAAAUCAGAUUUACAAAGUUGAGAGCUUCACCGAUAAGUCGCAAGUUAAGAUCCAUAUCAAAUACUAGAUUAUAAUAAUUAUAAAAUAUAUGA